AUGAAAGGUUUAGUCAAGGGAGCACAAGCUCGAGUUCUUCAACAUUAUCCACUUGCUACUUACUCUCCCUGUGCUUGUCAUAGUCUGAAUUUAUGCGCUGCUGAAUGUUGUCCUCAAGUGAUAACUUUCUUUGGGAUAGUGCAAAAACUCAUGUGCCAAACGCGCUGGUCAGCUAGAGUGGACUGCAUUAAGCCAUUCGCAACCCACCUUCCUGGUAUAAUCAAAUCAGUAGCUGAUAUAAGGAACCUAAAUUUGUCUAUAGAAAAUCGUGCUGAUCUAAAUGGGAUUAUUUCAUAUAUGGAAUCGUUUGAAUGCAUUCUGAUGUCCGCUAUAUGGUUCAAAGUACUUACUGCUAUCAAUUACACCAAUCUUGUUUUGCAAGCACGGAAUGCUACAUUGGAUGUAGAAGUGACCAACAUCAAACGACUAAUUGAUGAAUUAAAAACUCUUCGAGAUAAAUGGGAUUCUAUUAUGGUGGAGAGGAAUAUCAGUAGACGAUAUGAAGCUGCAUAUGAAAUUGACGAAACUUUUAACUUUCUCUGGAAGUAUAAUCAUUACGAAGAGGAAGAAAUUCGCCGAAGGUGUAAGGAUUUUGUGAAUAAAUACAAGGAUGAUGUUUCCAUGGAGCUGAUUGAUGAGCUUUUGCAUUUGAAAUUUAUCCAUGAUGUUAACAUCAAAAAUGAUUUGGACCCCUUUCUUCUUCUCAAUAAAAUCAACGACCUGAAACUUAUAUGUCUUUUCCCCAACAUUUGUAUUGGCCUGAGAAUUUUUUGUACAUUACCAGUUACGGUAGCACAAGCUGAACGGUCUUUUAGCAGACUGGCGCUUAUAAAAAAUGAUCUAAGAUCAACAAUGACGCAAGGUAGAGUUUCUGGCUUGGGAAUUUUAGCGAUGAAGUGUGAUUUAGCAAAAAAGAUCAGAUUUUGCCAGUAG